UGCCACUGCCGCCACCACCGCCACUGCCACCCCGGCCCAGAAACAAUGCUUCUAGCAACAUUCAAGCUGUGUGCUGGGAGCUCCUACAGACACAUGCGCAACGUGAAGGGGCUGAGGCACCAAGCUGUGCUGGCCAUUGGCCGGGAGCUGAACCGCCGGGCACUGGGGGACCCGACUCCUAGUGCAUGGAUUAACCAGGUUCGGCGUCGGAGCUCUCUGCUUGGUUCUGGGCUGGAAGAAAUUCUGUACAGCGACCAGGAGUUGGCCUACAUCCGGCAGGGAGAGGAGGCCAUGCAGAAGGCCCUGGGCAUCCUCAGUAACCAGGAGGGCUGGAAGCAGGAGACUCAGCAGGCCAAUGGGGACAGAGUGCUGAGUAAAGUGGUCCCAGACGUGGGCAAGGUGUUCCAGCUGGAGGUGGUGGUGGACCAGCCCAUGGGCAGGCUCUAUGAGGAGCUUGUGGAGCGCAUGGAGGCAAUGGGAGAGUGGAACCCCAAUGUCAAGGAGAUCAAGGUCCUGAAGAAGAUUGGAAAAGAUACAGUCAUCACUCAUGAGUUGGCUGCAGAAUCGGCAGGAAACCUCGUGGGGCCACGUGACUUUGUGAGUGUGCGCUGCGCCAGGCGCCGAGGCUCCACCUGUGUGCUGGCUGGCAUGGCCACACACUUUGCAGAGAUGCCUGAGCAGAAAGGUGUCAUCAGAGCUGAGCACGGUCCCACCUGCAUGGUACUUCAUCCCCUGGCUGGAAGCCCCUCGAAGACCAAACUCACUUGGCUGCUCAGUAUAGACCUAAAGGGGUGGCUACCAAAGACUAUCAUCAACCAGGUCCUAUCACAGACCCAGGUGGAUUUUGCCAAUCACCUGCGCAAGCGCCUAGAGACCAGCCCUGCCUCUGAAGCCAGGUGUUAGAGACCAGCCUGCUGUUCCCCACUGUGCCCGGCUGACUGCUUGCAUCAUCAGGAAGAUCCCUGCUGGAAGCCUGCAAGUCUGUUUAAGAUCUUCGUCUGGCAACAGUGGGAAAGGGUGGUGGUGUUUAGAGUAUGAUACUACGAUUCAGAUUGCUAAGAGUUUUAGUACCAAGAAAAUAGGGAUGAGGCUCUUAGAUAUAGAGACAGCCUUCUAACUUCAUUCAUCUUGUGAAAUGAAGGUUAAA